AAUCAACCAGGUCAUUCAUUUCAUGCUACACAAAACCUUCAUAAAAAACAUUAAAAACAUUUUUCAAAAAGCAGAAAAACAUUAUAAACAUUAAUCUCUCUCUUUCUGGCAUUCUCAUCAUUUACAUUUCAUUUCACAUAUUAAAAUCAAAUCAAUCACCAACCUUUCUCAGAUCUUCAUCUUCCUCAUCUUCCUCCUUUGAGCUUCAUCAUAAAAAUGAUCGGAUCUCGUCUCCGCAUCCACCCAAUCACCACCGUCACCUCCAUCACCGCCGAUCACACAAAUGCCGCCACCUCCCGCUCCCUCCCUCACUUCAUCUCCUUCGAUUUCUCCCCCAUUCACCUCCCUCUCCUCCGCUCCCGCCGCUUCCGCUUCUCUAAACCCAAAUCCUUCCUCAUUUCCUGUAAUUCAUCUCCCAUCAGAUCCAGCUCCGGCGAUCAUCACCACAACCACAACGACACCGAUUUUCUCGAAGCUUCCCUCCUUCUCUCAGAAACAACAACACACUAUGGUAUGUGGAGACACCGUUUUCAAGAUGAGUUUCAAUGGAAAUCACCCGUCUCAUCAUUUCCACAACAUACCUCAAGAACGGAUAAUAGUUUGUUAAGACGAGAAGUUCUAAAGAAUUUUCAGAAUCCCACCAUUUUUCUCAAGAUUUCUUGUGAUGGAGACUAUGUCCUUCCCAUUGUUGUAGGAAAGAUUGCUAUUGAAAAGCUUAUAGAUGCUGAAGUUGAAGAUGAAAGUGGGGAUUUUCCGGAUCAGUUCCAGUUUGUGAAAAAUCUAGUUGAAAGACUAGAUCAUGAAGUGGUAAUGGUGAGAAUUACAGAGAGAGUAGUCAGUACUUACUUUGCCAGAUUGUACCUUAGUCAGCCAGGGAAAGGUGAUAUUAUUAGUGUGGAUUUACGUCCCUCAGAUGCCAUUAAUGUUGCAAAUAAAUGCAAGGCUCCAAUAUAUGUAAGUAAAGAAAUUGUUUUCACAGAUGCUAUAAGACUCGGCUAUGGAAUGGGAAGAGUGCAAAAUAAAAAGGCUAUUUAUGAUGUAUUACUUGACAGUCCCGUAGAUGGUCCAGAUUCGGUAGCUCAAGAACUAAGUAUGAUGCAUAAUAUGCAUUUAGCCAUCAAACAUGAAAGAUUCAAAGACGCAGCUAUAUGGAGAGACAAACUUGAAAAUAUUCGUAAAUCAUCUCAGGAGCACUAAUUAGGUGGUGAUGAAGGGUAAGUUCUGAAGAGGAAAGUGUAAGAUUAUCUUUUCCUGAUAAUUUUUCAACAGGAAUAAAUUUAAGUGUAAGUUACAGAAAUGAAGCAAAAUUGUGUGUUGUACAGCUGUGAAUUAGAGUCCUUAACCUUAGUUUUUGUACAUAUAAUCAAAUGUAUUAAGGCCUAAAAUCUGUGGAAGAUUGUUACUUCCACCGAUACUUGAGAGAAUUGCAACACAAUUGAGUAUGUUUGCAAUCUUUGACAUGAUGAUCAUUAAAUGAAAUUAUGAAAAGAUUAUUAGUGAUUACAAGAA